UUCCUUCCUUCCUUCCCUCCCCCACCCAACAACCGGCCCUCCCUCCCUCCCUCCACAGGGCCACCUCCUCUUCCUCCCAACACUCCUCCUCCUCCUCCCCCACCACCGUCGCCGCCGGCCAAGCGAUCCGACGCCCUCCUCUCCCCGCGUCGCCGGAUCAGUCCCCGAGGUUCAGCUAUAACCAUCCGCCGGCGGAAUAGGGAGAGGGCAGGAGAGAAGACCGGCCCCGUGCUGAGCUCUGCCGGCCAGAUCUGAGCCCGGACGGAGGAAAAGUCAGCGUCUUUUCUUGCCGUGCGUCUCGGGUCCAUGGAUUCUUCCCCCGCCGCGACGGCGCCGGCGUCGUACUGGUGCUACAGCUGCGACCGCUUCGUGCGGGCCGCGCCAGCGCAGGACGGGGCCGACGUCGCCUGCCCGGGCUGCGGCGGCGGGUUCCUCGAGGAGAUGCGCCGCAACCCGCCGCCCCCCGCCGCGGCCGCCUACCUCCGCCGCCCGCGCGCGCACCACGCCAACGACCUCCGCCUCCGCCGCAGCCGCCGGGCCGCUGCCGCAGCCGCGGCAGCGUCUGGGGGAGGUGGCGGGGGCGGGGGCGACCGCGCGCCGUUCAACCCGGUCAUCGUGCUCCGGCGCUCGGCGCUCGGCGUCCCAGCGGGGGACGAGAGCAACGACGACGACGGCGCGCUCGCCGCGGCCAGCAGCUUCGAGCUCUUCUACGACGACGGCGCGGGCUCCGGCCUCCGCCCGCUGCCGGAGAGCAUGUCGGACUUCCUCAUGGGGUCCGGGUUCGAGCGCCUGCUCGGCCAGCUCGCGCAGAUCGAGGCCGGCGGCCUCACCCGGUCCCGCGAGACCCCGCCGGCGUCCAAGGCCGCCGUCGAGUCCAUGCCCACCGUCGCCAUCGCGGCCUCCCACGUCGCCGCCGACUGCCACUGCGCCGUCUGCAAGGAGCCCUUCGAGCUGGGCGCCGAGGCCAGGGAGAUGCCCUGCGCACACAUCUACCACGAGGACUGCAUCCUCCCCUGGCUGCAGCUCCGCAACUCCUGCCCCGUCUGCCGCCACGAGAUGCCCACCGACACCACUUCACGGCCACAGGCCGCCAGCGCCGGGGCUGAGGAGGAGACCACCGUGGGCCUGACCAUCUGGAGGCUGCCGGGAGGCGGGUUCGCCGUCGGGAGGUUUGCCGGCGGGAGGAGACCCGAGGAGAGGGAGCUCCCGGUCGUUUACACGGAGAUGGACGGCGGUUUCAACCACGGCGGCGCACCGAGGAGGAUCUCGUGGGGGUCAAGGCAGAGCCGGUCGACUGAGAGGAGCGCAAUUCGACGCGUCUUCCGCAAUAUGUUCGCCUGCUUUGGCCGCGAUCAUUCGGCGAGCUCUCACGCCUCGUCCUCCCAUAUGAGGCCCGAGGAGAUGACCGAGGCGUCGGAUCAUUCCGCCGCGUUCAGCCAUGGCUCGAGAAGCCGGAGCAUGAGCUGGAGGUUGGAAGACGGCCACGCAGCCGACACGAUGGUGCAGAGAUAGUCCUGAACUCUGAACCCAAAGAAAAGGUUGCUGUUUGCUUCUGUUUCAUGCUUUUAUGUAUUUAUAGAAGAAAGGAAACACGACACGACGAUUUGUAGAACAGAAUUGGUGUUGUACAUAGGAGCAGCAAUCUGCUAUAUUAGUCGCAGGGGAGAUGUCCACUGUGAUUUUGAAUUCAGCAUUUGGAGCCUAGGCGAUAAAUUGUUUUGUUGGUACUAGCAAAAAACAAUGUGUUUGAUGA